AUGUCACGCCUUCUCAAUGUACCCAGCGAGCUGCUCGCUCAUACAUUUUCUUAUGGGAAUCGAUCAUCAUUAAAGUCGCUACGCCAAUCCUGCCGUUUCACAUCACAGCUAGCCACCGAUCAGCUCUACAGGACCGUGCGCCUGAAGCCCGGCAAGACAAGUCAGAAUCUGUUACAAACGAUCUUGAACAAUCCUAGUCUGCGUCGUGCUCCGCGGAAGAUCUACAUAGACACCGUGGACGAGAAUCUUAAUUACGAAGAUGAAGAAGAGCAAGAAUGGCCCCAAGGUUGGGACAAGCUGGUACCGCAAUUGAAAGAAUUGACUCGACUGAACGCCGCCGUUCUGUGCUUCGAUAAGGGUUUUAGUUCAGACAGCACGUGGGAUCUCCGUUACCAGGACUUCCCCCAGACGCCUCAAUUUCGCUUCCAAGCAAUGCAUGAACUCUUCUCUCUUCUUGAAUCCUUACCGCACCCUAUCCAAGAUCUUGGUAUUCGCAACCUGCAAGCAGAUAACCCCAAAGAUCCGAAAACACUUGCGAAAUUGGGAAAGGUCCUGUCGGGCCUACGGUCCCUUCGCCUAAGCAUUACCAGCGAGACAAAUGACGCCGCUGAAGAGCAUGAUCUUGAGUAUCCGGAAAUCCGCAACUUUUUCAAGGAGCUACCCAGCACGUGGCUGAGUCCCGCUGCGCCUUCUCUCCAACAUCUCUCGCUCUGCUCGCGUGAAUACAUGGGGUUUUACCCUCACCUGAAUCUCUCCAAUCUGUUCUUUCCACGCCUGAAGACGCUAUCACUAGGAAACUUCGGUUUCUUCCAUGAUUGCCAAAUCGACUGGAUUCUGAAGCAUAGCGACACCCUCGAGGAAAUUUACUUCGAUGACUGCCCCGUGCUCUACGACUUUCGUAUGACGGAGGAGAAUGUGGACGCUUGUGCUUUACCUAGGGAUACCUUAGUGCGCCGCGAGGGUGAUAACUCAUUAUAUGGUUCGUUUGAGAAGCGAUGGCACGAUAUUUUCGAUCUAUUUGCAGAAAGACUGCCAAAAUUACGACACUUUCGAAUCGGCCGUAGUAAAUGGCACCCAAAUAUUCCAUUUGAGCAGGAAGGGGAUAUCAAGGUCGGGCUGUAUCACGAUCGGUACAUGUGCUGCUAUGAUGGAUAUGGCCCUUCACCUUAUAUAGAAGGUCUGGAUCCCAAAGACCUUACAAACGAUAGGGCUAACUGGAGACCGUCACCGGAAUGUGACGAUGAGGAUCGCGCGGCACUGCGGAGACUAUUGGCAAAGAUUGGGCAGUCGGUCCAGGAAAGUUAUUGGUAUUCAUACCCUGAGGCUCAUAUAGUGGAUCUUGUUCAGAAGAAAUACGGAUCCGCAGAAUGGUACAGCCUCCAUGGAUUGCAACCACCUGGGUAA